GAGAGCUUCUGUUGCUGGUAUUGUUUCCGGGUCAUCAUUCAUCGCCAUUUUACUUGUGAGAAUCUGAAAUCUGAAGAGUUGGCUCCAAGCAUAGGAAACACAAGGUGAGAGAUGUGGGAACAGGGAGGACAGCCCUGGCCACAGUGGCCUCUGGGAUCACAACAGCAGUGGAUGCAGUCCUUUCAGCAUCAGCAAGAUCCAGGUCAAGUUGACUGGGCUGCUUUAGCACAAGCAUGGAUUGCGCAGAAGGAAUCCAAUGGAGACCAGCCCAAUGGACAGGAAAUGCAGAACAUGGAGCCUGCACCCCAUAAUAAUCAUGGGGCCUUUCCGGGCGAUCUGAAUUUUGCCAGAGGAUGGCAACCAGAGUGGGGAAUGCAUGGCCAGCCUCCCCCUCUGCCUCCAGAACAAAUGUGGAUUCCAUCUGGGCAAGGACCAAUGGAUGUCAUCAACCCGUCAGAGGACAGUAACAGUCAGGAUAGUUUGGAAUUUCCUGGAGACCCACACCAUGGGGGCUUUCCUCAAAAUAGUCAUGGCUUUGGGGGCCAGCCUGAACCUUACCCUAUUGGCCCAGUUAUUGUCAAUCAGUUUGAUUAUCAGCAUGGAGCAGCGCCUACAGGGACAGCAUAUGGACCGCCCUCCUCUGGGUUUCACACACCUUACUGGGCUGAGGGUCCUCAAAACAGAAGAGACCGGCUCCCUGGCUUCAGACCAGAACGCCCCAGAUCCCCUAACCAGUUGGGACUAAAACCAGAGACGCCUACUCUUGAUGCUGUUAAAAGAAGGACAUUGCCUGCUUGGAUUCGAGAAGGCCUUGAAAAGAUGGACCGUGACAAGCAGAGAAAGUUGGAGAGGGAGAGGAUUGAGAAGGAACGAGUUGAAUUGUCAAAUGAUGAAAUGGAUAGCGAUGUGGUAGAGGAAGAAGGUGAUGAGCCUCGGUUGCCACGCAAGAGCAAAUUUGACAGUGAUGAUGAGGAUGGUGAAGAUGAUGUUGCCGGAGAAGAAGUAUUUGGGAGGAGGCAGGAAUUUAGUGGCAGAGCAUCUCCUGUUCAAGAGGACCAGAAUGAACCAGAGAUGACGGAAGAGGAGAAAGAAUUUCAGCUGAUGCUGAUGACUAAAACCCUUCUCACUGAAGUUCUCCUUGAAGUCACAAAUGAAGAAAUCCUCCUAGUAGCCAAAGAGACCCAUCACAAAGCCACAAAAGCUCCUGCAAAACAGCUGGCACAGUCAAGUGCACUGGCUUCUCUGACCGGCCUCGGCGGGCUGGGUGAUUACGGAUCUGAUGAGAGUGAGGAUGAGGAGCGAAGCGCAAAGGGGUCUGACUCAUCGGACACGGACGAUGAAGAGCUCCUGCACCGAAUUCGGCUGAAGCAGGACGCCUUCCGUCGCAAAGAGAGGGAGCUACUGCAGCAACAGGAGAGGCUGGCACUGGAGGGACAGGCUGAAAAAGAAGAUUUGGCAUCAGACCGAUUGAGCAGAGAAAGGGCAAGUUAUGAGGAGGAGCAGUUAGAUUCCAAACACAAACAGGAAGUUAGGGAAAGGGAGGCAGAGCCUACAAUAGAGCGACGCAGGUCGCGUAGUGAGCCAGAGGUCAAUGAGGUCAAGCGGGCAGUUUUGAGCAAAGAGCAUACAGUACGUAACGGAGGAAGUGCCAGCCCCUCACAAAGUGAGCGACGUAGUCGAAGCUCCAGUUCCAGCUCUUCCAGCAGCCGGUCCUCUUCAUCCUCCUCAUCCUCAGCCUCCUCUCGCAGCUCCUCCCGCUCCUCCUCACCUCGAAGAAAGAGGCGACGCAGCCGCUCUGCCUCAUAUGGUGCUCGCAGACGCAGCCGAAGUUGCAGCUCUCGCAGACAUCAAUCUGAACGUGACAAACUCAAAGACCGGAGGCGGAGCAGCCGCGAUGGCAGCAUGGAUCGUUCCUCUCAUCACAGGAAGCGCAGUCGCUCACGACAGCGCAGAUCUAGCCGGGGCCACAGGAGCAGGUCCAAAGAACGCCCCAAAGCUAGCCGCAGCCAAGAGAGGCGGCGCAGCAGGGAACGCAGGCGCAGCCAGAGUCGCAGUACUAGCCGCAACAGGCGGAAACAAAAAGUCCCCAGUAAGGACAGGGACAGGGACAGAAGGAAAGAGAGGAGCCGGAGCCAUGAAAAGGAUAAGAAGAAAGAGAGAGAAUUAGAUAAGAAGAAAGACAAACAGAAGGGCAAGGAGAAAGAGAUGGUGGUAAGAGAGGAAGACAAUGGCAAAUCAAAGAGGAGGGAGCGUGAGAACACAAACUCUCACAGUGAGCGUUUCUCCCGGCAAGACAGCAAAUCUAGCAAGAAAGGCUCUGCAAAAUCUAGCAAGAAAAACUCUGAAUCUGAUUCCAGCAGGAGUAGGUCCCCUUCCCCUGAGAUUAGCAAAGAAAAGAAGUCUAAAAAAUCUAAAUUUAGUCGAUCUAGGUCAACGGAAAGAUCUCACAAGUCUGGUAAGAAGGCAAGCCGCAAACACAAGUCUAAGUCUCGAUCAAGGUCCACAUCUCCCAGCCGACGCAAGCGCUGAGGGGUGUUCAGCCUCUGAUUUGUGCACUUUUAAAAUUCCAUGAGUUAACAGGCUUGUCUCAUUAUCGAGGCAACGUUGUAGGUGAACUCUCCACUCCAAACCCCCUCACUCCCCCCCAUUUUGUAAAUACAUGGUAUUUUUAAGUGUUCUCUUCAAAACAGGACAUUUUGAAUGAUAGAUUUUUGCCUUGUAUCAUGCAAAACUAUGCGUUCAAGUAGUCAAUAGAAUCUUGAAACUGUAACCUUUUAAAGCUCAACACAUGAGGAAAUAAAAUCUUGUUUAAUGUAAAUUGUCCAAUAAAACAAUGA